GCGGCCGUGGCCCCCGAGCCGCCGCCGCCGACCACCAGCGCGCGGAAGUGCUGCCCGCCGGGGCUGAGCAUGUACCGUGUCAACGCGCCCGGCUGCGACAACCAGGUCACCUGCAAGAUCCCGGACGACGGCGACGACGCCUCCGGCUCCUCCAUCCUGUGGUCGCUGCAGGCGGGCGCGGCCGCGGGGGAGUACGGCUUCCCGACGGCGUGCCCCCGCGAGCGCUGCCACCUCGUGCUGCUCGGCAACGCCUCGCACCCCGCCCAGCACCCCGACGAGCCCCACUGCGUGGACAAGCUGGUGGAGACGGACCACAGCGGGCAGAUGCUGCGGCAGGUCAUGGCCGGCAUGGCCUGCAUCAAGGGGGCGGAGUUCGGCUACGACGUGGGCAGGAGUGCGGACUCCGGCGGAGCCCAAGCAGGCCGUCUGCGCGCGUCGUCGCCCUUCCCCGGGGUGCCCGUCGUGGCGUUCCGCAAGUGCUGUCCGCUGCACCAGUCCUACGACCUGGUGACGCGCAUGUGCACGGACAGCGAGGGCGCGGCGGAGGACGCCGAGGACGCCGACGAGGCCUCGACGACGCUGCCCGGCAUCGUGCUGCCGGCCGACUACCGGCGGCGCUCCGUGUCCGCGCUGCUGGCCCGGGUGUUCGACAAGAACCUCACCGCGCUCGUGGACAUGAGCGUCGGGCUGCCGGACUGCGAGCGGCCGCGCGGCCCCCUGGCCGAGCAAGAGGAGGACGAGGACAGCAGGCGCAGCUACGACAACAUGGCCCUGCUGGACGUGGCGGUGUUCGAGCUGCCCUGGGACGAGCACCUGGUGGACGCGCAGGGCAUGGCGACGGUGAGGCCCACGCCACUGCGUUCGGCCGCCGAGGACGUGGAGGCCAUGGCCGUGGAGGACGACGGCCCCACGCUGCGGCUGCGGCCCGGCGACUACUGCGUGGACGAGGCCCUGGGCGGCGCGCAGGCCGGCGUCGCGGACGGCAAGGGGGCCAAGGAGGGCGCGCUGGUGGUGAAAGCGUGCCUGUCCAGCGCGGACGCCACCCACGCCAAGGUGUGCCGCCGCUUCGGCUGCUUCCGGAAAUGCUGCGCGCACCACGAGUACUUCGCGCUGUCGCACGGCUGCGUGCCCCGGCCGGACGGCGGCCCGCUGCGACCGCAGGUGCACGACCCGCCGCCGCCGUUCAACCUCAACAUGUCGGAGGGCUACAGGGAGCAGACGGCGGCCGAGCUGGUGGCCGCGGCCCAGGAGCGCUACCACCGCGACCAGCGGCCGCAGCAGGUCACCUUCUCGUCCGUCGUGGACAACGUGUGCCCCGACAACCGCUACGACCUGGACGAGACGGACGAGUGGUUCAUGGACCGCUUCGGCACGCUGUACCACACCGGGUGGCGCGAGAUCGCCACCACCGUGUACUGCAUGGACGACCAGGAGUCCGUGGUGCCCGGCGUCUACAACGUCACCGUGCUCGUGUGCUUCGCGGACGAGCCGCUCAAGCUGGAGGAGGGCGGCCGGCUGCUGGCCAUCGCGGUGGGGCUGCUCAUCUCGUGCAUGUUCCUGGCCGCCACCCUGGCCACCUACUGCUGCCUGCCCGCGCUGCAGAACCUGCACGGCAAGACCCUCAUGUGUCACGUGUCGAGCCUGCUCGUGGCCUACCUGUGCCUCGCCAUGACGCAGCUCUUCACGUGGCGCUUCGCCGAGAAGGACGACUACCUCUGCUCCAUCAUCGGUUACGUCGUUCUGUUCACGUUCCUCUCGGCGUUCUCGUGGCUCAACGUCAUGUGCUUCGACAUUUGGAGAACGUUCGGGGGCAUGACGUCGUCGCGGGCCAUCAAGAGGUCCAGCGCGUCGCGGCGCUUCCGCUGGUACUGCGCGUACGCGUGGGGCUUGUCCAGCGGCAUCCUGGCGGCGUGCGUGGCCGUGGACCAGUGGCCCGGCAACGACAAGAGCCUCUUCCGGCCGCAGAUGGGCGACGGCUCCUGCUGGUUCCGCACCGAGUCGUCGGGGCCCAUCUGGGAGAAAUCCUACGCGCUGCUGAUCUUCUUCGUGGGCCCGCUGAUGGUGCAGACGUGCUCCAACCUGGUGCUGUUCGUGCUCACCGUCAAGAACUACUCGCACAUCAAGAGUGAGAUCAGCAGGCUGCACCAGGCGCCCAACUCGAGCAAGGUCAAGAAGUUCCAGGCCGACUCCAACAAGCUCAAGAUGAACGCCAAGCUGUUCGUGGUGAUGGGGGUGACGUGGGUGCUGGAGAUCGUGUCCACCUUCUUCCCGCACGAGCACGCCGUGUUCUACCUGUCGGACGCGGCCAACGCGCUGCAGGGCGUCAUGAUCUUCGCCAUCUUCGUGCUCAAGCGCAAGGUGAUGCGGGCGCUGGCGGUGCGGCUGGGCCGCGCGCCGCCGCCGCCGGCCUACUCCACCAACCCGUCCAUCCAGACGGACUGCCGCCUGCACCUGGCCGUCCGCGGCAAGACCACCAGCACCAACACGCUCUUCUCGUCCGACUACCGGAACAGCUCCUCCGUGCGCAACGCCGAACUGUAGAGCAAGUCCACUGGGAAUCGUUGUCGAAACGGAGGACUGAGUCGCCCUGCUGGCUGCCGGUGACCCAGGCGGCCCCUCUCUGCGCGGCGGGCAAACUCAGCGCGCGGGAUAGUGACGUUUCCUGUGACUGUGACUGAUACUCUGCGCGUGGGGUAUCGCAGGCGUCACGUUUUCCUACUUAAAGUAACUCGUUUUUGUGUGUCCCCAUGAGGCCCGCGUCUCCUAAGUAGGGGGUAAUUAUUCUUAUGAUUGUGAUAAAAUAAUUAAGUCCUAUGGCUGCUCUUAGAGAUAUUACGAAAGGUAACAAGCUUGAGUGCUGAGCUGAUCUCAUCAACAACUGCCGCCUCUCUAAUUAAUUUUUCCAGUGCAUUGUGUUCGGAAAAAUCAGUCGUGCUCUCCCUGUAGAUUAUGCAGCUAUCGUUACGUAUGAGACGUUCUGCUCUCCUUCGCUAUCAUGCAUUUUUAAUUUUUUAAAUAUUAUCAUUAGACAGAAUGUGUUUUUGUCAAAGUCUUUGAGAAGCCCACCAUAGGCAUCCGGUUGAAAAAUAUUAUCCUCGAUCCCGACGCGUCUCAAAAAUUUGGAUUGAUAGUACAGUAACCGUUUUGUUAAGGUGAGAUGUAUUUUAUUUUUGUCCCAUAAUUUUGUACUGCAACAUGACUAAAUGUAAAUUAUUCGUGCGUGUGAGCUUACUUGUGCCAUGAGAACAUUCCUGCUGUGUUAUUUAUACCCGCCUCUGUGAAAAUUGUACUGCGUUGUACUGCUAUGAAUGUUUUAAUAAAACUGACAAAAAAAGAGAA